AUGCUAAGAUUCAGGAAGCUUUUUUCAAUAGCACCACGAAAUUAUAAUGGCAGAAAUUUGUCCAACCCUAAGAUACCUUCAAACCAUCCUUGUCAAUGGACUUCCACUCGCUUUCUUGACAUUUACCAGAUGGGCAACAAGCAGGCAAUCGAGAAGGAACGAGCUCGACUUAAAGAUGAGAUGAGCAGGGGUUACUUUGCCGACAUGUCGGAAAUGAAGCAACAUGGUGGGAAGAUAGCAGUGGCGAAUAAGAUUAUAAUUCCAUCAAUGGCAGCAGUAAAAUUUCCUACAAUCGAAGUUAACAACUCGGAUGGUACUAGCCUUAAGCUGCCUGUAACCUCUGAUGCAAAAGAUGUGGAUGUUACCAAGUCGGAUAUCCCCAAGGCAUCGUUAUUGUGUUUGUCAUUUCGAGCUAGCUCACAGCAUAUGGUUGAUUCCUGGAGCGCACCAUUUCUUAAUACUUUUGGUAAUUCCAAUGAUGUUCAGUUAUAUGAGGUGUCUUUCAUUGAUUCAUGGCUAUUGACUCGUAGUCCUAUAAAGAAGCUACUCCUUAAGAUCAUGAGAAAACCUAAACCUGAGGGAGAGCAAAAUGUCCUUCAGAGGCGGAUAGUUUAUUCUUUCGGUGAUCAUUAUUAUUUCAGGAAGGAGCUAAAAAUACUGAAUCUUCUUACAGGGUAUGUUUUCUUACUGGACAACCUUGGUAGAAUACGGUGGCAAGGUUUUGGUCUAGCAACAGAAGAUGAAAUACAGUCACUUUUGUCUUGCACGUCCUUAUUGCUGGACAAGAAAUAA